AUGCAGUUCAUAAAGAACUUGACGCAUGGGUUUCCGACCAUUACUGGCAUACGUUGGUUCAACCUUUCUGUUCUUGUUAUCACACCGGCCCUUUCCCUGUAUGGCUUGUUAUAUGUUCCCAUCCUUCGCAAGACUGUCAUUUGCACCACCCUCUAUUACAUCUACUCCAUGCUUGGUAUCACUGCUGGAUACCACCGCCUUUGGUCGCACAGGUCGUAUAAUGCAUCGUUCCCUUUGCAGGUAUUCCUCAUCCUUGCGGGGGCCAGUGCAGUGCAAGGCUCGUGUUAUUGGUGGGCACGCCGACACCGUUCUCACCACAGACAUACCGACACGGACUUUGACCCUUACAACUCGGAACGUGGCCUCCUCUGGACUCACAUCGGAUGGAUCAUUUUCGAGUCAGACUUGAAAGCGGGGCCAGCUGAUAUUUCUGACUUGCGUAAGGACCCUCUCGUACAAUGGCAGCACAGGUGGUACUUUGUCAUCCUGACUAUUUUCGGCUAUUUGCUUCCGAUGGUCAUUCCUGGUGUGUUGUGGGGAGACUGGAAAGGCGGAUUCUUUUUCGUCGGUGCCCUUCGCAUGACUACAGCGUUUUUUUGCAUCAACUCCAUUGCUCAUUAUCUCGGCAGCACGCCGUACGAUGACAAGCAGUCGCCGCGCGACCACCUUCUAUCCGCUAUCCUUACGAUGGGCGAAGGGUACCAUAAUUUCCACCAUCAAUUCCCUAUGGACUACAGGAAUGCAUUCCGAUGGUACCAGUAUGACCCUACCAAAUGGUUCAUCGCUAUGUGCCAUUACCUCGGUUUCGCUUCCCAUCUCCGCAUUUUCCCUAGCAACGAAAUCGAAAAGGGCGCACUCACGAUGAAGCUCAAGGCUCUCAAGGAUCUUCAGGACUCAAUCGAAUGGCCUGUGUCCCCGCAGGAAUUACCCGUGGUAACGUGGGAAACAUGUGAGCCAACGCUAUUCUGCCCCAAGGAUUUUUCUGAGCGACUACAAACUUCAUUGUCGAUAGUUCAGGAAGAGUCCCGGUCUCGUACUCUUCUCCUCAUCUCAGGUUUUAUUCACGACGCGUCCUUUUUCCUCGAUGGCCAUCCGGGAGGACCCGCUCUGCUCACACGAAACUCUGGGAAUGACAUGACCGCCUCCUUUUUCGGCGGCGUCUAUGCCCACUCUCACGCGGCGCAUAACCUCCUGGCUAUGAUGCGCGUGGGCAUCCUUGCGGGUGGUGUAGAAGCACCAGCAGAGCAUGCCAUCCCGCCCAGUCAGCGACUCGUUAUCCGCACUAAUGCCUCUUAUUAA